AUGCCCAAAGACUAUCAGGAGGUCUACAGAGGGACAAAAAAUGAUGUCAAAGAGAUCCCAAAGAUUGCAAAGCCCUUUGUUUCUGAGAUGAUCUUUGUGCAAACCAGCAUCACUUCUAUAAGUAAAAGUGCCUUCAGGUACAUGCCCAACCUAACCAAGAUUUUGUUCAUUGGCAACAAGAUCAAGACUGUUGAACCUGGAGCCUUUGAUAAUUUGGACAAGUUGAGGGACUUGGACAUCUCUGGUGCCUCAUUAGAAAAACUAUCUGUGGGCACUUUCCGAAACCUCCCAAGUUUACAGAGGCUGGAGCUGAGAGACAGCCAGCUCAGAUCCAUCCCCAAAGGCCUGUUUGAUGGCCUGGAAAGUUUGGGGGAGCUCUCCCUGCACAUCAAUGCAAUUCCUUCUCUUCCAGAAGGCAUUUUUGAUUCUCUUGUCAAUCUAACUUUUUUGGACCUGUCUAGAAACAGGAUCACAGCUCUUCCUGUGAAUGCCUUUAGCAAACUCACCCAGCUGCAAGUCCUCCGGCUGUAUGAGAACGAGUUGCAGGAGCUCCCAGAGGGACUGCUAGACAGUCAGCUGGAGCUGCUGGAGCUCAGCCUCCAGAGGAACAGGCUCAGGGCGCUGCCCCCCAUGAUUCUGAGGAGCCUGCCUCACCUGGAGAAACUCCUCUUGGACAACAACCUCAUCAGGGUUCUCCCACCUCAGAGCUUUUUUGGUUUAAACAAACUGAAGUUGCUGACUCUGGGCUCAAACCAUAUUAUGGAGCUCCCCUGCUGCCUUUUUGACAUCAUGCCACACUUGAGGGAGUUGGAUCUGGGCAGGAACAGUUUGGCCACACUUCCAGAGGGCGUCUUUGUCAACCUCACAUCCCUUGGCAAGCUCAUCUUGUCCCACAACCAGCUCUCAGCCCUGCCAAGAGGGGUCUUCACUGGGCUCAGCAAGCUCUCGGACCUCCAGCUGGACACAAAUCAGCUCUCUGCUCUGGAUGAAGAGGUCUUUGCUUCUCUCCCAAAUCUGAAAACCCUCAAUCUUCGAAAGAACCAGCUGGAAAGUGUUCCUCAAGGGCUCCUAGACCCUCUGAAGAAGCUCAGCUCGGUGUAUCUGAGUGGUAACCCCUGGAAAUGUGACUGUAACCUCUGCUACCUGCACCGCUGGAUUCUAGGCAACAGGGAGAAGGUCAAAUUGUCCACCCAAGUCUCCUGCAAGAGCCCACCCCAAGUGGCAGGGCAAGAAGUAACAUUGCUGAGGGACGAACACCUGAUUUGCCCAGGUACUCUGCCAUUUAACUCCACACCAUCACAAAAGACAUCAACAUUCCUGUCACGUGGAGCUGUGUCCACAGCAGCUCCAGCCAUGCUGUCACUGGCAUCCUUACCCAUCAGGACACUGCCAACCCCUCUUCCACCUGUGGUCACCUCUGCUGUGUUGCCAACUGUGCCCAUGGAGGUUGUCUUCACCACUCUGUCACCAACCAAGCCAUCUGAGAUCUUUGUCACCAUCCCAACACCAGCUGUGCUGCAGAAGGCUUUCAGCACCAACCCAUCAACAGCCAAUAAGCCCAAGACCUCCAGCACCACACCAUCAACAGCCAUUGUGGCAAAGUCCUUCAUCAGCACCCCAUCACCAGCUGUGCUGCCGAAGGCCUCCAUCACCAAGCCAUCAACAACCACUGUGCCCAGGUCCUUCAUCACCACACCAUCACCAAAAGUCUUCAUCACCACCUCAUCACCACCUGUGCUGCCAGACACCUCCAUUACCACCUCAUCACCCACUGUGCUGCCAAAGGCCUCCACUGUCACACCAUCAUCAUCAGCUGAGGUGCCCAAGGCUUCCAUCACCACCCCAUCACCAGCUGUUUCAACUUCAGCCAUUGACACCCGCCACCCCCCCGGGCCACCCGUGAGGCUGCUGAGCCUUCAGGCUCUGGCUGCUCCGGGGAUCCCUGAGCCAGCCCCGGUGCCACCUUGA